GGGAUGAGAAGUUCAUGAUUCUAAUGACACAUUCAAUCAAGAAUCACAUUAAAAUCAUGAAAAUAUGGCGUUCCAUUCUCCCCCUUCUCUAUAGUUCAAUUCUACAUUUAGUUGUUUGAUUCGGUUAGCUAGUCGUGUUUGAUGUGGGAUGGUAAUGCUUAGCAACUUCCUCUAGUCGGCUCCUGUUGAUUCAGUUGCGACGGUGCUAUCGUUCCAUCAUGUAGAAAUGCUGUCGAUUCGCAACGUUGAUUCAGUUGCGACGGUGCUAUCGCUCCAUCAUGUAGAAAUGAUGUCGUUGCUUUCCCGACUCGAGACUCAAUUGAUAUUUUCUGUCUCGAUUGAUAUUUCUUGAUAGAUCGGUUCUCCCAGAAGUUUGCCUUCAACCCAAUAACAAACGUAUUCCAAACUUUUCUGAUUUCUUUUCUUCUCAGCUAAGCCAACCGUUUAAACGUAUGCGGCCAACAAACACGGCAAAGAGACAACAACGGUCGGGCCCACUUCUAGUUUCCUUCCAAUAGCAUCUCUGCUGCGCUGACAAAAAAAAGGCGGAAUUUUUAGAGAGAGAGAGGAAUCGUGGUUGAUCGCCUCGUGUUGAGAGUUCAGAUCGGUCACCGGUCGAUUGAAUUGUGUGUCGCGUCGAGUUUUUGAUUCAUGGACGAGGUGAUUACUGCGGCCGAUGGGCAAACGACGUCUUCGUCGCCGCCGUCUUCUCCAGCUGCCCUCCUCCCUCCAAGCCUCCCUCUCCUAUCUGCAUUCCUCGCCUUCGCUCUCGCCCAAUUCCUCAAGCUCUUCACCACCUGGUAUAAAGAAAAUAGAUGGGACUCUAAAAGGUUGAUUAGUUCUGGUGGAAUGCCGUCGUCUCAUUCUGCCACUGUGACAGCUUUGGCAUUUGCUAUAGGUCUCGAAGAAGGAAUAGGAGGAUCACCUUUUGCCAUUUCCCUUGUCUUGGCAUGUGUUGUUAUGUAUGAUGCCACUGGGGUCAGACUUCAUGCUGGUCGACAGGCCGAAUUGUUGAACCAAAUUGUAUGUGAAUUCCCCCCAGAACACCCUUUAUCCAAUUCAAGACCUCUGCGUGAUUCCCUUGGACAUACUCCUCUUCAGGUUCUUGCUGGAGCAAUAUUGGGAUGCGUUGUAGCAUUUCUGAUGAAGAACUCCUUAGUGGGUAGACAGCAGCAUCAAUGAGACUGAUUCAUUUAUUUCGUCACCGCGGAUAUUGGCCGGGAAGAUUAGGUAGCAAUGUUUAAACAGGACUACAGUAAUAUUAGCCAGAGUCUUGUUCUUACUUACCACAUAUGUGGACAAUUAAAGGAUCAUAACUUCAGUACAUACACGUUUCGUUCUCUCUAGAAUCUGCUUGUGAUGAAAAGAUUUAUGUGGUCAAUUAUCUAUGCUUGAAGCAUUUGUCAUAUAUACUUGUUUUUCUAUUCUGAGGAAUAAACAAGAUACCACCUUUCUUUCCGAUGGAGUCGUUCGAGUA